ACAGUAGUAAAAAAAAAAAUCUGGUUGCUAUGAAUUUCAGCUAGCUAGCCACCUACAACUGUGUAGUACACUUGAGUAAAACCAUCCAUGUCAAGACACAAGAUAGGUUUUCGAAGUAUUGUGCCGCUUCUCUGUCCAUAUAGGGACACGCCAGCCUGUCUGCCAACCUACUGUGAAUCGAUCCUGCUGGCGCAGUGACUAGACCAGAAGACCUUGGCACCGUUGUGUGCCAGUUCAUUUCAAGACCCAGGGAAUUUUGAAUCCAGACGAUGAACGGUCUGUCCAUACGAGAGCUAUGCUGUCUGUUCUGCUGCCCCCCUUGCCCCAGCCGCAUUGCAGCCAAACUGGCUUUCCUCCCUCCAGAGCCCACUUACGCCCUUCUCCCUGACACAGAUCCAAGCUCUGGAGCUGGAGCUGCUACUGGGUCCAGUUCCGGGGCUGCUCAGCCUUCUCUAGGAGCCCCAGGACUCCGUUCCCGGCAGGGCACUAGUAGUGGAGGUAGUGCUGGAGGUGGGGUUGGUGGUGGAGGAGGAGGAGGAGGAGGAGGAGGAGGAGGAGGAGGAGGAGGUGGCAGCAGUUGGAGUGAGGGCAGGUGGAAGCUUCAUCUCACAGAGAGAGCAGAGUUCCAGUAUUCACAGAGAGAGCUGGAUGUCACGGAUGUAUUCCUGACUAGAUCUAGCCGAGGGAACAGGGUGGGGUGCAUGUACAUCCGCUGUGCCCCCAAUGCUAGGUUUACAGUGUUGUUUUCCCAUGGCAAUGCAGUAGACCUGGGUCAGAUGAGCAGCUUCUACAUCGGCUUAGGCACACGCAUCAACUGCAACAUCUUUUCCUACGAUUACUCCGGCUACGGUGUUAGCACUGGCAAGCCCUCUGAGAAGAACCUAUACGCGGACAUUGAUGCUGCCUGGCAUGCCCUGCGUUCUCGGUAUGGCAUCAGCCCUGAGAAUAUCAUCCUGUAUGGACAGAGCAUCGGCACGGUGCCUACGGUAGACUUGGCAUCACGGUUCGAGUGUGCUGCUGUGGUCCUCCACUCACCUCUCACCUCCGGCAUGAGAGUGGCUUUCCCCGACACCAAGAAAACCUACUGCUUUGAUGCAUUCCCUAACAUAGAGAAAGUGUCAAAGAUCCCGUCUCCAGUACUGAUCAUCCACGGUACAGAGGACGAGGUGAUCGACUUCUCUCACGGCCUCGCCCUGUUUGAGCGCUGUCCCAAGGCGGUGGAGCCCCUCUGGGUGGAGGGAGCCGGUCACAACGACAUUGAGCUUUACAGUCAGUACCUGGAGAGGCUACGGCGCUUCAUCAACCAGGACCUGGCUGCACAGCAUGCCUGAGAAACAAACAACAGCCUCUCUGCGGUUGUAUGAAUGAGACCGUGCGCGUGUGCAUGUGUGUGAGACCGAGUGAGAACGUCAGCAUGUUUGCAAAGUAUGUGUGAGAAAUUGACCUAAAACAACAUGUGAUUUUUGUCACAUCUGUGUGUCUUUGAAGCAGCACACCUUUACGUUUACUUUUCAACACAACAUAUGUUCGGGAAAUGUCCCGUUCAAAAGGUGGGAAUAGUUUUUAAUAUAUCGGUAGCUGUAUCCAUCUGUAUGGUGGAGUGUGGUGAAAUGCUAAAAACAAGAACCUGGAUUAUAUAACUUUACAAACCUGGUUUUUAACGUAGGGGAAUUUAUGAAUUGCAGCUUUGACAUGUGUCACUAACAUGAAUUAAGAAGUAACAACAACGUGCUUCGUCCAGAAAGGCACACAGAUGUAAUUUUAAAGUGUGUGUGUGUGUGUGUGUGUGUGUGUGUGUGUGUGUGUGUGUGUGUGUGUGUGUGUGUGUGUGUGUGUGUGUGUGUCAGUGCUGGAAGACAUGAAGGACAUCCUAAUGACUUGGACAGCUGCAAGUGGAGGAAGCUUAUUGAGACUUAUCAAUAUAAUUUUUUUUUGUUUUCAUUUUUGCGCGUGUAUGUAUGAAAAAUACCUCCACAGCUUGACCAGUUCUCUCUCCAGUGGACUAACACUGGUCAAGCAUGUGCACACACACCCCCCCCACUCCUCCACCACUCCCUGUUUAUCUGUUAAUGGAUAUCCAUCUGACUGCCAGGGCAUUUCCCAAGUUGUCCAGCUAACACUAACCUACUUUCUGUGGUUUGGGGGUCCAUCUCCUUCCCUUUGGUGUCAGUUAGGGUGGAUACUUAAGGACUAGUCUGGAAUACUGUCAUAGCUUGUAUGGCUGUUGGGGGGGUCUCAUACUUUCCUCUCCCUCAUUUUUGACUGUAGAGACCACAUAAUGGCCAGCUUCCACUUUAUUUCCUGGCUGUGCUGUAGCUUUAGCCUUUACCUGUCCACAGAAUUGCAGCAGCAACUUACAGGGAAUUCUUUUUAUCUCUCUGUAUUGCUUCC